AUGGUCUUGCUCAGAUGCGUGGAUAGACAUGAAGCAGGCAUGUUGAUGCAUGAGGUUCAUGAAGGUUCAUUUGGCACUUAUGCCAAUGGACAUUCGAUGGCUAAAAGGAUGCUAAGGGCAGGUUACUAUUGGCUGACAAUGGAAUCUGAUUGUUAUAAAUUUGCAAAGAAGUGUCAUAAAUGUCAGAUUUAUGCAGACAAGGUCCAUGUGCCUCUGACACUUCUCAAUGUGAUUUCCUCCCCGUGGCCUUUCUCUAUGUGGGGUAUUGACAUGAUUGGGAUGAUAGAACCCAAAGCUUCGAAUGGACACCGUUUUAUCUUCGUAGCAAUUGAUUACUUCACCAAGUGGGUGGAGGCUUCUUCAUAUGCCAAUGUUACUAAGCAGGUGGUUGUGAGCUUCAUCAAGAAUAACCUUAUAUGUCGGUAUGGUGUACCGAGCAGAAUUAUCACUGACAAUGGCUCAAAUCUGAACAAUAAAAUGAUGACAGAACUGUGCAAAUAA